GCCACCGCUCGGCUUCGGUUUUGAUCACUGUUCUCGUCCAGGACCUCAAUGACAAUCCGCCAGUAUUUAUUUCUCCUGGCCGCGAUCACCUCUCGAGACCGAUACUCGACACCGCGGGCACUAAUAUUGCUUCUUUUGGAGCUAAUAAGCCGAACAUACUUCAACCAACUACAUUUGACGGGCUUGGAAUUUCUGGAUACCAUCUCGUGAUCCCUGAGGACCUACCAGAAGGUGCUUAUCUGACAACCUUGCAAGCCACAGAUCGUGACUCUGGGCGCAAUUCACGCAUUACUUACACACUCUUUAGUCGACAAGAAGACAAGCGCUGCUUCCAUGUUAACCAACGCACCGGUGUUGUUCGCUUGGCUGCUGGCUGUUACGCUUGGCGGCGCGAACUGCCACAACCACGAGGGAUCGGUUGGGUACACCAUUUGACUGCAACGGCUCGCGAUGGAUCUUCAACUCUACUAGUGCAGACCCAAUUCACAGUACAAGUGCUUCCUGUUCACAUAAAUGUUUUCCCACCCCGAUUUAGCCAUCAGCCGGCCAUAUACAGCGGCUGGAUUGCAGAGAACAAAGUCGAAAACAGUCCCGUAUUCAGGAUUGAUAUUGACUCCUGGCAGGAAAGCCAAGUUUAUAGCCGAGAGGAUCAACAACUUUUCAUAAAUGCCACCGACCCAGAAGGAGACCCUUUAUUUCUGACCAUUGUUGGGGGAACCGGUUUCGGUCGUUUCAGGAUUGAUAGCGAUGGUAAGCAAUACUCGUUUUAUAUUCAUUCUUCCUAA